AUGAAUAGCAUUACAGUCUUGCGAAAAAUUCCUAUUAGACAGUGGCGUUCGAUAUCACGAUGUGCUCCUUUACAUCAAGAGGUGUCCGAAGCUGUCUCUCCUAUAUCAAUUCCACCUCCUGAGGGUAUUGAUAAACCUGUUUCAGCGAAAUUAGAAAAAAUUGUAUCAGACAUAACAAAUCUCAGUUUACUUGAAGUGUCCGAACUUAGUCAGGUUCUAAAAAGACGAUUAAACUUGCCGGAUGCACCCGUUAUGCCUAUGGGAGGAUUUACUAUGGCUGCGGCCCCCGCUGAGGAGGAGGAAGCAGCACCAAAAGCUGUCAAAACUAAUUUCACCGUAAAAUUAACUAAGUUUGACGAUAAACAGAAAGUGGCUCUGAUUAAAGAGGUAAAGAAUCUUUUAGAAGGUUUUAACUUGGUACAAGCGAAGAAGUUUGUUGAAAGUGCACCUACAAUUGUAAAAGCAGAUAUUUCUAAAGAUGAAGCUGAGAAGCUAAAAGAGGCUCUAACUAAAGUUGGUGCAGAAAUAGAAAUAGAUUAA